GCACAAACCCACUGAAGAUUAUUAAAGACCGGCACUGCCACUGAUUGUCAGUCUUUGGCAUUAUCAGCAUCAGACACUGUUAGCACCAUGGAUCUGAAGGACUCUCUGGUUAAGGGAAGCGUGUUGAUCGUCCACCAGCUCCAUGAAGGAAAGCACCAGUAUGAUGUGAAAAAUGUGAUGAAGUACAAACGAGGGGGUGGAGGAAAAGCAUUUGUCAGGAGAGGAGACAAACUGAUGCAGAUAAACGGCAUGGACCUGCAGGAUCUCACACCUGAGGAGUUGGCACAAUUGUUAGCUAAAGAUAAUCCAAUGCUGACGGUGCACAAGGCCAGCAGGAUGAAGGAGCACACUGAGCAGUCCUUCCCAGCUGAGGACACUUUACAUCCCUUCUCCAAAGAAUCCACAAUACUCAGCUUCAGCAUGGAGAUGAGGAGGGAGACAGAAUUGGAGAAUGAAGUGGGUCAGGAGGGAGAAGUAAAGGAGGACGUGGGUAUAGAGGAGGACAUUUGCCAAGCGGAAAAUGAGGUGAAUAGGGAGAGGGGGGACCUGCUCAUUGUUUCCAUGAAGAAAACCAGCAUCUCUGUGGUGACAGGGAGGGGCUGCGACAGUGGGAGCCCCUGUAAGGGAUGUUGUGGGACAGGAUGUACCUUAAAUGAUGUUGUCUUGGUGGCUGAAUCCAGCAAGGUGGUGCUUGUUCCAAGAGGAGGUGACAGUAUCAAACAGCAAAAGUCGCUGCAGAGUCCAAUCCAACAUUUGGUCUCUCACUAUUACCUGAGAGGUCUCUGUUCGCAAAGCACCGUCUAUGCUUCACCCAACCCAGAGGAGAUGACCAUCUACAUGUACAAGACGAACACUUCCUUUAGAGGAAUGCCAGUGGUCCUAAACUUUAGCAACUCCAACUGCUUCCUCAGGUGCUGCAAGGAAGGGGAGAGGGUGUUCCUACAAGUGGAGUCAUGCGAGAAGCAGAGGCUGAAGACGAUCUCCAUGAGUGACGAAAGCACCCUUUCCUUCGUCUUCUACAUGAAGGCCGACCGGACGAGACUGCGGAAGUUUGAGUCAGCGCUGCACGGCGGCUGGUUCAUCCAAAUAGACAACCGUUUCGAGUCAGUGGAUAUGGCAACCCUGGAUGGGGGGACGGGAGAUGAAUCGUUCCUCUUCCUCAUUCAGACGUGAUGGCUGGUCAGUUUCAUCAGGCGUAUUCUCAGUUCUCAGUCAAGUUUACCUUUUAAAAUGACCUGUGGAUUUCUAUUGUGAUUUAAUAUUAAACAAAAGAAAAACUUUUGUGUGACCCACCUGGUCCAGUGACAGAGACCCACGUCACUGUGUCUAAUUCUGCUAUUGCAGAAGUGCGUAGAUAUGUAUCAUACAACCAUAUCUAAUUAGAAAUAUGUUUUGGGUGUGUGUAUAAUAAGAUUUGUUGUUUAUGAAUGACUAUUUUGUGUUCAGGGGAUGUAACUUUCAUUAAAAAAAGCAUAUACUCAAAAUAAGGGUGAUGUUAUAAUACAUUUAUUUAAAUAAUGUUCUAAUAUAGAUUAUAAAGAGAUAUUGUGAGCAAAAUUACACAUAGUAUAAACUAUAAACAUGAGUUCCACGUAUUUCCACAAGCAUUAAUCGAGUUCUGAAUGACUAGUUAUAAUGUUAUAUGUAGGCUACUGUAUACAUGUGUACUGUAUACCGAUAAAGUUUGGAAAAUCCCUUUGAUUACAUUUCCCAGACUUGCUUGGAAUUAUAUCAUAUUAUAAUGUCAACACAUAUAGAUGUAUGUACUGUAUAUUAAAUGUAUUACGCUUCUUUUAGCAUAUGGUGAUCUUUGGAAUGCAUUGGUGGUAAACUGUGUAUUUUGUGUAUUUUACAGUUAGUAAAAGUGUGAAAUCCAUUAUCACAUCAUUUUGAAAAUUCAACAUUUAACUAAUAUACAUGAGGCAUACAGUAUAUUUAAAAUAAACUUGUCAAUAUGCAGUAAUUGAGUACUUUCUUUUGCAUGAUUUCAUUUUUAUAUGCACCUGUUUGCCAUAAUAACAUUUAGUUUUAUAUUUUAAAACAAGCAAAAGUAUCAAAUAGUAUUACACAAAUGUCUGUCCAGCAAAGCCUUUUAUAGAACAUUACAUAUUAAAAAGUAAUAUGGACAAACAAUUAUUUUUCUUUUAAUCAACUAUCCUGAAUUUGAGCUGCAUAAUACAAUUUAGUUUUGGAAUUAUAUGAAUAUAACAAAACACUAUCUGAAAGCAACAUUGGGCAAAGGCUGCACCUUCUGAAAGAACCUGCGCUGCCUGUGUUAUUAAAACAUUUUUUGUACGUAAAAUAAUAUUUUGACUGUACUCAUUUUACACUAACUGUGCUACUUCUGACAUACUGAUUUUGUACUAACGAUGUAUAAGAAGUACAACUUAAAAUACUAUUGACUACACUUAAGUGUAACUGAAAC